AGGACGCCUUCGCUUGGCUCCUCGGCAUGAGUCUCCAGGCAUCCGGCUCGUACGAACAGGCUCUCCUGUCGUACAACGCGUUCCUAGCGCCCCAGUCCGCUCCUGCUGGCUCUGCGGGCGGUGGAGGUGGCCAGGCAGCCCUCGUGGUGGCAGCCGAACUCGCUGCUGCUGCACAGGCUUUUGUGGUGGAACGAGUUGGCGAGUGCUACGCGGCCCUCUCUGACUGGUCUGGCCUGCAGGGCUUGAUAGGCGCGUUCUCCCGCACCGCAACGGCGGAGCCUGCUGUCGCGGGCUGGUGGCCGGGCACCGCGGCAGCCUUCGAGCACCGUUUCCGAGCGCUGGCGGAGUAUGACACCGGCUCGGUCACAGCCGCGGUUCCAGAGGCGGUGCCCGGUGACCCUACGUCUUUCCUGCUGGCCGGCCUGCACGCCCUCAGCCGAAGCAGCUCCGAAGCCGGACCGGCUCCACGCGCUGCUGCCGCCACCACGGCACAGCUGCCGCAGGCCACCCAGCGCCGGCCGCAAGAUCUGCUGCACCAGCCCCUCCGCGACACCACCUCCCAGGAGCUCUCCCGCCUCAUGGAGCGGCUGCGCGCCACUGCGCUGGCAGAGCCUACCUCACAGCGGGAGCUGCUGCUGCAGUCGUGCUGCCUGCGGGGCGUGGCACGAGCUCUGGAAGGGGCUGCUGCGGGUACCCCGGCUGCGGCCGUAGCCGCUGAGGGGCCCUGGGGGGGUCUGCUGCUGCCGCAUGCAGCAGCACAAGGCGACGCUUCGGUGCUACGUUCCUGGGGGGGCCACGGUCUGGGUUUUGGUCUGGGCCGUGCGUUGCUGGCACCCGACGGGACGUUGCAGGCAGGUUCUCUUCGUGACGUGGCUGUGACGGGAGCGCUGCUCCGGGUUGCACGUGCCGCGGACCCACGGGUCACCCUGUCCAGCACACGUGCCAUCUCGGUCGAGCAUAUCCGGGCGGCAGCGGCAGCAGGCAACUGGGGCCUAGCGGCUCGGCUGGUGCAAGCGGCAGCGGCGAGUGCGUCUGCCUCCGUGUCGGGCGCUGAGGGACAUAGUGUCGGAGCUGCUGCUAUUGGAGGCGGUGCGCGCGCGGUGCUGUCCGUGGCGCAUAGCCUGAUCAGCGCGUCAGCCGGGCGAAUGCUACCAUCACAGGUCAUCGAGCUGCAGUUUCGAGCCUUGCUGCCCCACUUAACAUCCAGUCAGCCCCCGCAGCCGAACUUUGCUGUGAGCAGUGCGGAUGCGGACGACCUGGCAUGCGCCCUGGGAACCUUGGCUCGGUGGAUGCUCAGGGCCGGUGCCGCACAUCAUCACAACCACCACCAUCAUCCACACCAGCAGCAGCAGCAGCGGCAACCCCACCCAGACCCCGCACGCGGGCCCGUAGGACCCACCGGAAACCAACACGCGGUUACCCUUGAGGGCGCAGCCGGUGGGGUCGCAGCAGCAGGGAGCGGUAGCGCCCGGGCUCAACGGAUGCCUCCUCCCGGGUUUCCGGGCCAGUCUAGUGCAGCAGCACAGGCGCAGUGGCUGGCGGCGGCUGACUGGCCGGUUCUGAGCCGGGCACUGCUCGCGCAGCUGUCUGCACAACAUGGCCAGGGGCACACGCCGGCACUACCCGCAGGCGCGGCUGGGCCUGCUGCCGCUGCCCCAGUUCCGGUGUUUCGCGCAUUCGCCGUUCCUGAGGCUCUCCUGCAGGCCUACCACGCGCCCGCAGCUUGCUGCUUGCGUGCGCUGCAGCUCUCAACGGCUUCCGCGCGUGCAUGGAGGGCGUGGGGUGAACUGCUGUUCCGGGUCACCAAGGAACACAGGUCCAAGGCGGCAGCAGUAGCUCAAUCGCCGCCGCAGCCGCUGCCGGCAGCGCCUACGACGGCUGCUCCCAUUGGCGGUGGAGGUGGCGGUGGUGAAGGGGACUCCAGCGCUGCAUUGGCAGUUGCCGGAUACGGCGCCGCUGCAGUAGCGUACUGCCGCUACCUGAGCCUGUCGUACAGCCAGGACGACGUGGCGCAUCCCGAGGAGCUCCUGCCCGUGCUUCUUCAGCUGCUACACGUGGUUGUACGGCACGCAGGCCCCAUUGAGCAACUCCUGGCGACGCAGAUGGCGGCUGUGCCGCCGUUGGCCUGGUCUGCCGUCACUCCGCAGCUGCUGGCACAGCUACCGGGUGCCACGGGUGCCUCUCGGAGGCUGCUGGCUGCGCUGCUGCAUGCCGUCGGGCGCGCGGCGCCCUCGCUGGUGUUGUAUCCCGCUGUGGUGGAGGUCCGCGCUGCGGAUGCGGUGGCGGCGGCGACUCCGACCGCGUCAGUGGGAGACGUGGAAGGUGGCGUGUCGGCAUCAGGGGUCCCGUCGUCGACGGCAGGCUCGAUGGUUCCGGAGCUCAGGGCGCUGCUAGCGGGGCUGGGGCGGUCUCGGCCGGGGCUGCUGGCUGGGGUGGAGGUGUUGGUGGCGGAGAUGGAGCGGCUGACGGUGCUGUGGGACGAGCGCUGGGCAGCGCUGCUGACGGAGGUGGAGGUGGAGAUCGCACGCAGAGCCGUAAGCCUACAAGCCGAAGCCGCCCGCGUCGCGGACGACGCCUCCCUCUCCCCGGAACAGCGCCAGUCCCUGCUGGCCAGCCGCUACAACACCCUCAUGGCGCCGGCCGUGCUGCUUCUGGAACGGCAACUCAGGGCCACAGCUGCUCAGCCGCCCGAGACGCCCCACGAGCGCCGCUUCGUGGUGACCAUGCUUCCUCGCCUGCGUGCCGCUGCAGCGGCGCUGCGGGACGGGACGGGCGUGACCGACUGGGCGCGGCCGCAAGCCGCGUGGGCGCCACUGCGUGCCGUUGCUGCGGCACUUGCGCGCCAGCAGCGGCAGCCGCUGCCAUGCAUGGCGGAGCUGUCACCGCGGCUUGCUGCGCUGGUCGACACGGAAGUGCCCAUGCCAGGAUGCAACGAGGUUGCCGGAUCCCUAACUUCGCACCACCCUCCUCCGCGACCGGGUGCCGGUGACGUCAAGGCCACUGCAUCGGGCUCAUCCACCGGUACACCCUCUGCCCCUGCUUCAGCACCUGCCUUGGCUACGGUGACGGUGACGGGUGUGCGCGGGGAGGUGGCGGCGCUGAGCACCAAGACACGGCCCAAGCGCAUGGCGCUGCUAGGCAGCGACGGCCGAGUGUACGACUACCUCCUCAAGGGCCGUGAGGACCUCCGCAUGGACGAGCGGCUCAUGCAGGUGCUGCGAGCCAUGCAGGCCAUGCUGCAGGCCGACCCCGCCGCGGCGGCACGCGGCCUGCUGGCGACCGUACGGCACUACAGCGUGACGCCGCUGGGACCGCGUGCCGGGCUGAUCCAGUGGGUUCCUGCCACCACGUCGCUGUUCUCCGUGUUCCGGGACUGGCAGGCGGCUUCCCUGGAGCGGCAUGCGGCCAUGGUGGCGGCGAGGCAAGAGGGAGCGGCGAAGGCGGCUGCGGAGGGCGCGCCGCCGCCGCCGGAGGUGGAGCCGCCACCGGCUGCUGCGGUCAGUCGACCCAUGGACUUGUUCUACGCGACUCUGGUGCCCGCCCUUCAGGAACGAGGACUGUCCAGCGCCACGCCGCGCCGCGAGUGGCCCUCCGACCUGCUCCGCGCCGUCUUCACCUCGCUGGCCUCCUCCGCUCCGCGACAACUACUAGAGCGGGUGCUGUGGGCCGGCGGCGGCUCCGCGGCGCUAUCCUGGCGGCGGCAGCAGCGCUACAGCCGCUCCCUGGGCGUCAUGAGCUGCGUGGGACACCUGUUGGGGCUGGGUGACCGCCACCCGGAUAACAUCCUGCUGGAGGGGCGGGAUGCGGUGGUGGUGCACAUCGACUACAAUGUGUGCUGGGACAAGGGCGGCAAGCUGCGUGUGCCCGAGGUGGUUCCGUUCAGGCUGACACAAAUGCUGAGUACGGCACUAGGCGUGGGCGGUCUGGAGGGUGCUUACCGUGCAGCGUAUGAGGCGACACUGGCUUGCCUGCGGCGGCGGCGUGAGGCGCUUGUGGGGCUGGUGGAUGCGGUGCUGAGCGACCCAGGGGUCGAUUGGGCGGUGGAGCGCGAGGACAUGGCUGCUCGGCAGGACAUGGAGCUCGCGGUCGCCCUCAACCUCUUUGUCAGCAGGGCUGAGGAGGCGCAGCGGCACCUGCAGCGGGUUGAGGAGGAGCUGGCGGCGGCGCUGGAGGGCCCCGGUGGCGCUCUGCUGGCGUACUUGGAGGCGCACACCUUUGCGGAGGCCAUGCGGGGCGCGGCGGCAGAGGCGCAGCAGCGUAUCCAGCAAGCCAAGGCCUCCCUGGAGACAGCGAACAGGGUGGAGGCAGAGGCACGGGCCAUCGUGUCGGCCGCGGCUCAGGAGGCGGCGAGUCUUGCGGCGGAGGCGGAGACGCUGAGCGCCGCCGUGCCUCAGCUGCUGCAGCAAUGCGGCGCGUGGGCACAGCAACACACGGCCACGCUUGGCGUGCUAAGGGAGGGUUCUUUCCUGGAGGGGACUCUCACCAGCGGCACCUCCUGGCGGGUUAACGAGUCCGGCUGCGCCCUGGGCCUGCUGGCGCCCCUGGCGGUGCCCGGGCCCGUGCCGCUGAAUGCCGGGACGCCCCUGGCGGUGCUGCCGGCCGUGCUGGGAGGCGAUGGCUUGGCGCUCAGCCGGCUACCUGAGGAGCUCCUCGGCACCUGCCGUGACUGCGAUUGCCGGGCUGCGGACCUCCUCAGCCGCCGCGAAGCAGCACUGUCAGACGCCCUGUCAGCGCUCACGCAGUACGGCACCAUUGUACGGAAGCUCCUGCCGCCCAGCUACCCAGCAGCCAGCUACCACCACCGCUGGGCGCAAGCGCUUUCGGCGUUUGCGGCCGGAGGCUUAUCGCUGCCAGCGGUGGCACAGGCCCAGGCGCUGGCGCCUAGGGAGCCGAACCCUGCCGACGUCGCUGCGGCAUGGCAGGCGCUGCGUGGGUCGCACCGUCUCGCAACGGCCGCUGCGUUGGUGCUGGCCCCGGGCUGUCCGGAUGCGGUGGCGGCGAUGGCUGGCCACGUGGCUGGCGCCCGAGUGUCGGGAAGGGAGCUGGCGGGAGCGGUGGCGGCAGCAGCCAGGGCGCUUUCGGAAGCGCAUGGAGCAGCGGAGGUGGAGGUGGCGGCAACAGCGGCUCCCGGUGGCGAGCUGCUGGUCCGCAACCUGGCGCAGCUUCUCGUUCGGCAUCGGUACGGGCAGCUGGAGGCGCAGAACCGCGCAGAGAAUCGACAGCAGCCGAAGAUUGUGUGGUCUGCAAAGGCAGCAGAUGAUGCAGCAGCGGCUGCAGCUGCCGCCGGCGUUCUGUGCCAAGUGGUGCGGUCCGUGCAAAGCCGGCUGAAGAAGGUUAAGGUGUCAUGCAUCGCGCAUAACACAUUGGAUGCUUUGUCACCCGAAUCCGGAGGGCCCGCAUCAGUCGAUAGCGCCGUCGUUGCUGCGUACAGUCGUGUAGGAGGCGAGGUGGCGGGACUGGCUGCGGCCGCUGCAGCCAUCGCUGACGCCGGCUUGUCGGAGGCGGUAUUCGGAAGCGCGGCGGGGGCGCCCAGUCUACGCCAUAACGGCGGCGGCAGCUCCUCAGCCCUGCAAACACUCACGGUGGCUGAGAGCCGCAUGUGGCCAUCAGCGGGGCUGAUGUCUGGCGCUGCCGGCCGCGGUGGCGCGCCUCCGUUACCGUGGCUGGCCGCUGCCGCGGAGGCGUGCGGGCGGUGGCCGGAGCUGCAGCACCGAUUGCUGGCGGAUGUGGCACCGGAGCUGGCCGGGCAGCUGCAUGUGAGCGGCAGCGCGGCGGGCGGCGGCUCGGGAGGUGCACUGGCGGCUAAUGGCUUGCCGGUGGAGCACCCAUUGUCACAGGCCGCCAUGGACCUCCAUGGCUUGCUGCAUCCCAUUGAGGAGGCGCUGCAUGCCGGCAAGGACUGCCACACCCGGUUAGAGGCGCUGGCGGAGCUGACGGCGACCUACCACGAGCGCGCCGCCGACCUGUCGUACCGCCUUGGCGGCGCCGCUGGGGUCGGCGGGGAGCCGCCGCCACCUCUGCAGCCACAUGAGCAUGCCAACCUCCAGGCGGAGCUGCAGGCAUUGAAUGCGGCCUGGGCGUCACGCGAGUCGGUCGCGGCAGGGCUCACGGCUGCGGCAGGUCGAGCGGCCGGAGCGCUAGCCGAGGCACUUGGGCGUCUCUACGCUGCGGUUCUCGGGCCGGCGCGACUGCCGCUGGCGCUUCAAACUCAUGAAGGGGCCGCAGCCGCGCUCGCGGCUGCGGCGGAGACGGCAAGGAUGAGUGGCGAGGGCGGCUGGGCGGAAAGCGGCGCUGGGGGACAUGCAGCGGCGGCGGCGCUUCUGGCGUGGUGGGAUGCGGCGACGGAGGCGCACGAGCGCCUGUGGCGAAGCGAGGAUGGUGAUGUGCCGAGGACGGAUAGCAACUCUGCGUUCGCUGUAUCCGGUAACGAGCUGCCACCCGUCAUGCGGCCCCUAUGGCGCUGCGUGGAAGCAGCGCGACUAGUGGCUAGGUCGCUGGGGGCCUGUCAGGCGGUCCGGCUGGCGGCGCCGUCGGGUACGGACGGCAGCCUGGCGGAGGUGUACGGCACCGCCGUACAGCAGCUUGCACGGCAUGCAGCGGAGUACGCGGUGGCGCGUUUGGUGCCGCACUUGGAGCACCACCUGACCGCCCUGGCGGCUCAGCUGGAAGCAACAUCGGGGCCGCCGGAAGAGCAGCAGCAGCUGGAGGAGGAGGAAGCUGGGGAAGAGGAGUUAUUGGGCUGCCGACAGGGAGGUAUGGAGGUUGGGAGUGCAGGCGAUACCGCAGGAGGUACUAGCGCGGCGUCAGAGCCGAAGCUGGUCCCUUUCACGGACUUUGAUCCCGGCAUGGCUGGGCAGGGUGAACUGUUGGGCGGCCUGGAGGACGAGGAUAGCGCGGAUGGAGGGGAUGCUGCCGGCGACGGAUGGGACGACUAUGGCGGCGAAGACAUGGGCGACGGUGGUGACGACGACGGCGACGGCGGCUCAGGAGGGUACGACUUGGACCUAGGGCUGGAUCUGGACCUAGACGACGGCUUUGGAGGUGCGGGUGACCUGGAUGGUGGGGACAACGCGCAAGAGGACGGAGCCGAGGUGGAUAUGGAGGAGGAGACGCUGGCAGACCGCUCCUGGCAGGUCUCACGAGCGGGCUCAGGUGAGCUGGCGCUUGGCAAGGUGCCAGGAGGACUGGAAACCUCAGCAGGCGCCCCUCCUGUUUCAGUGGAGGAGGUACUGCCGCUAAUGGAGCGGCUGGUAGCGGUUGCCGCGGCCGCGGCCAUUUCCGCAACAUCAGCUUCCUUGGACCCCACCCGCCCCGGAGGCCCAUCAUGGGCUGCCGGCCCAGAGGCUCGUGUAACCCGCGCCGCUCGCUUGCAGCGCCUGGCCGCCUAUGAGUGGCUACACGAGCACCACUUGUUGCAGGCGCUGCCUGCAGGUGACCCACGGGUCGGUCAGGCGCUGACGCAGUUCUUUGCGGCCCAGGCGGCCGACCCGCUGCAGCCCAGUUCGCGGGUUACUGCCUCGAGCCGCCUGGCGCUGCUCACGCAGCUGCAGACGGCGCUGGACGCGCUGCCUCAGCUGCAGCAGGCGGUGUCCAUGUGGGAGGCUGGCAGUGGGGGCGCGGUGGGGCAGGUGAUGGCGCUGCUGCAGGGGGUGCCGGAGCAGUUCCCAGUGGAUCCUGCGCUUGCGGCGCAGCGGGCGGGGGUGCUGAUGGGGCGGCGGCAGCACUGGCUGGCGGAGUCGUGCGCUGUGGCGAUGCGGGCGUGCCAGGUAUCCGAGGCCCUUCUACAGUUCGAGUACUCGCGACAGGGCAUCACAUGGGGCAGCGACGGUGCGGCGGUGGCAGACGGCUUCGCGAGCCAUUCUCAGCUGCUGGGGCGGGCGGAGGUGCUUGCCACCCUGGCAGCAGGCGGCAGCGAGGCGGGCCGGGCGGCCGCUGUGGCGGAGGCCUCGCAGCGCGCGUCGGAGGCUGUCAGGCAGGCGGCUGAUGCGCGAUACGCGUUGGAGGUGGCUCAGUACGAGGAGGUGGCUGCCAGCUCUCAGUUACAGGCGCACCAGUCGCUGCUGGUGUCGCGGGCGUUCGACCUGCCGCCGGCAGUCACGGAGCUGGAGCCAUGCGCCCGGGCGCUGCGGCAGCUGCUGGCCAGCAAGCUAGGACCCGCGCUAAAGGAGCUCACCUCCGUUUCCGCGCAUCACAGCGCAGCCAGCGAUGUGGCCUCAGUCGCCGCCGCCGUGACCUCCCACUUCGAGCGCUCGCGCCAAGCCGUCGAGGCGCUGACGGAGGCACUGCCCGCGACGGCGGCAGCUCUGUCGGCGGUGGAUGCGGCUGCGCCGCUUCCUGCCGAGAUGGCGACGGAGGUGGGCUUCCUGUCCGCGCAGCUGCUGGGCGGCGAGGAGGCGGCCAACACGGUACGCGAGCGCGCGCUGGCGUUGCUGCAACACAUGGCAGGGCCGACCGCUGCACUGCAACCCGUGGUGCAUGUGAUUACGGAGUUGCCGCGCGCCGUGGCGCAGCUCAGCGCUGAACUCAACACCCUGGCAGCAGCCGCUGGCAGCAUCGCAGCCGCUGUGGAGUCCAAGCACCUGCUGCCCCCUGUCGACGACCCAUCGCAACAGCAACAGCCGCAGCAGCCCUCCGGCGCAAACACGCCGCUGCUUGCUGCAUCCGGCGCUUCUGCAACAGACCUGCAGGCGACCGAGGGCGCGUCUGCCGGCGUCACCGCCGGUGCUGGCGCCGAAAGCGAGUCCGCAACGGGAGCGGCAACCAUGCCCUCAUCUGCAAGCGCCUCCGCCACCCGUGCUCCCUCCCCGGCGCCCAAUGCUAGCGCCGCUGCAGCGCCCGCUGCCGUCAUGCCGCCCGCGCCUGACCACUUGCAGCACCACCGCUCGAGACGCAGCGCAGCAGAUGAGGCCCGACGUCGCGCCUUUGCAGCAGGCGCACUGCGGCGCUUCAUAACGAAGCUGGAGGGGCGCGAGGGAGAGGGUGCAGGCACAGGCGCACAGGCAGCAGGGGCGCCUGCGGCGCCGCUUUCGGUUACGGAGCAGGUGGAUUUGCUUGUACGGCAAGCCACCAGCGUGGAUCGGCUGUCGCAGAUGUAUGAGGGCUGGACGGCGUGGCUGUGAGGUACACACCAUGCAUGCAGCUGUCUAGGGUGGUUGCGGUUGUUGCGGACUCUUCGGGUGGGAAAGGUGGCAGCAUGUGCUGUGCGGAACCUACAUGCGUCGGUUUAGUGUUGACGUGUUGUAAGCCGAAUUAACUGGAUUAACUGGACACGGAUAAACAAGACGGUCCCAACAGUUCACAACAACACAGCUGCUGUGGUCUUAUUAACCUUCCUAGGAAAA